AUGUCAGCUUUGGAGUCUACGCUUUGCUCCCAGGCUCAGCUGCAGCCCCCCUGUACCACAGCUUGUCUCAACUGUUUCUCUUUCGAACAGCCAGCCAGGGGUGCUUACUUGGAUCUCUUACUUGCUUGGGACGUGGGUUUCCGUCGCGUUGUGCUGCAAGUUGAUAGCUUGGAUGGUCGUCAUUAUCUUCGUAAUGAUUCUUCCGUCAUUCACAAUUUGAAGUGGCACUUUGAAGAACUUACACAGAGGAAUUGGAUUGUUAAAAUUCAACACGUUCUUCAUGAAGGAAAUAAGAUGGUCGAUGCGCUUGCCAAGAUUACUAGUUUUGCGACUACCGUUUUUGCUGAUCCUCCUUUACCAGUUAUUUCCCUCUUACAUGCUGAUAUUGCAAGCUCUUGA